AUCAUUACCAAAUAUGAGAAGAUCUUCUGCACCAAGUCAAUUACAGGGAAGUCGAGCAAAAAACCCAAGAUUUCGACCUCCGGGAAUUAUUAGCACAUUAAAUCUGAAUGAGAAGGUUAAUGAAUGGGAUCCAAAUGCUACAUUUACUGAGGAAGGGACAACUAAAAAUCCUCUGCUGCAUUUACAAACUGACUCUAGAAUUUGUAAUUCAGUUUUAAAUGCUGUGUCUUCUAAGGAACCUGAUAGAGAAAUAAAUGAUGUCGAUAAAUCCAAAGCAACUGGAGAAGUAUCAGUGGAUACAACUAAUACAGCAUUUGUGGCAGCAACAGAGGUAGCUGAGUCUGAGGAAAAAGAAGCUGGAUCUGGUCACCUGACAAAAUAUUUCAGUGUUGUUUGGUGUAAACUUUCAAAGAAGAAGCACAAAAAGUGGGAAGGUGAUGGUAUUCUUAUUGUGAGUGGAAGGUCAUUCACCCUGAAGGACCUAGAAGGCAGAGUCAUUGGAAGAGGCACUGCAUAUACAUUGAAAGAUUUGGACAACUUAAAAGAGGGUGAAACAUCAGUGGUUGGUGGAAAAGAAGUAUUAGUCAUGUACAAAAUUUCUUCAGAUGAUUAUAACAGUGGACAAUGUUUUCAGUCUAGUGUGGCGAGUUCAUGCCUCACAACUUCCAAAAUAACCCAGAAACCUUUCUCUAAUCCAGUCAAAAAUAUCCGCAAAUCCAACACAGAGGAAAAGAACAUUGAUGAUUCCCCAAAUUUCAAACCUCGUCAUGAUCCCUAUGCACAAAAUUCGUUUGUUAUGCCACGACCAGAUAAGAGUCAUCAGUGGAUAUUCAAUAAGAAGUGUUUACCACUUGUGGAUGUAGUUGUAGAUCCCUACCUUGUUCAUCAUCUUCGACCACACCAAAAAGAAGGAAUUGUGUUUCUUUAUGAGUGUGUGAUGGGAAUGAGAAUGAAUGGCAGAUUUGGUGCUAUUCUUGCUGAUGAAAUGGGUUUGGGGAAAACAUUACAGUGUAUUUCCCUCAUCUGGACACUCCUGCGUCAGGGACUUUAUGGAGGCAAGCCAAUAAUAAAAAAGACACUUAUUGUUACUCCUGGAAGCUUGGUGACUAAUUGGAGGAAAGAAUUUCAGAAAUGGUUAGGAAGUGAAAGAAUUAAAGUAUUCACUGUUGAUCAGGCUCACAAAAUAGAAGACUUCAUCAUCUCCCCACUGUAUUCAGUUCUUAUCAUCAGUUAUGAGAUGCUGCUUCGAUGCCUUGAUGAAAUUAAAAAUAUAAAAUUUGAUCUUUUAAUCUGUGAUGAAGGACAUCGCUUGAAGAACAGUUCCAUUAAGACAACAACAGCCCUUGUUAGCUUGUCUUGUGAGAAGAGAAUAAUUCUUACUGGCACCCCAGUCCAAAAUGAUUUACAGGAAUUUUAUGCAUUAAUUGAGUUUGUGAAUCCUGGAAUACUAGGCUCUUUGUCAUCAUAUAGAAAAAUAUAUGAAGAACCCAUUAUUAUAUCCCGAGAACCUUCUGCUACUCAGGAAGAAAAAAAUUUAGGAGAGAAAAGAGCAGCUGAACUCACUCGCCUUACUGGACUCUUUAUUCUUAGAAGAACACAGGAGGUGAUAAAUAAAUAUCUUCCACCUAAAAUAGAGAGUGUAAUCUUUUGCCGACCAGGAAUACUACAGAUUGAACUUUAUCGGAAACUGUUGAAUUCCCAGGCUGUCAGGUUUUGCUUGCAGGGCGAACUAGAAAAUACUCCUCAUCUGUUAUGUAUAGGAGCUCUUAAAAAACUUUGCAACCACCCCUGCCUUCUCUUCAAAUCUUUAAAGGAAAAAGAAAAUAACUCAUCUUCUGAUCAAUAUAAAGAAUAUAACUUGUCUGAAGGCUUGAUCGAUGCCUAUCCUGCGGAUUACAACCCAAUCACAUUUUCUGAGACAGAUUCAGGAAAACUACAGGUUUUGACAAAGCUGUUAGCAGCUAUCCGUGAACUCAGUCCUUCUGAAAAGGUAGUGCUGGUUUCUAAUUAUACACAAACUCUGAAUAUUUUGCAAGUGGUCUGCACACGUCAUGGAUAUAAUUGUACAAGACUUGAUGGUCAAACCCCAGUUGUACAGAGGCAGCAAAUUGUUGAUGGAUUCAAUAGCAAACAUUCAUCAGAUUUUGUAUUCCUUUUAAGUUCAAAGGCUGGUGGUGUGGGACUGAACCUCAUUGGAGGGUCUCAUUUAAUUCUGUAUGAUAUUGAUUGGAAUCCAGCUACUGAUAUUCAGGCAAUGGCUAGAGUGUGGCGAGAUGGCCAAAAACAUUCUGUGCAUAUCUACAGGCUCCUCACAACAGGCACAAUUGAAGAAAAGAUUUAUCAGAGACAAAUAAGUAAGCAAGGUCUUUCUGGGGCAGUGGUAGAUCUGGCCAAGACCUCUGAACAUAUCCAAUUUUCAGUGGAAGAACUUAAAAAUUUGUUCACCUUAUAUGAAGAUUCAGAUUGCGUGACUCAUGAUCUACUAGAUUGUGAGUGUAUGGGAAGGAAAGAACAUCAAGGUGAGUCUUUGGAGGAACUCUCUACAUAUAGAAGUUGUCAGCUUGGCCCAAAUCAACAGAAGCUGGACCUCAAAAAGCCUCUUUCUAUGUCACAAUUGAAACAAUGGAAACAUUUCUCUGGGAAACAUCAGAAUCUUAAUGAUCCCUUUCUUGAAAGAAUUAAAGAAAAUGUUUCAUUCAUUUUUCAAAAUGUAACCAAUCAAGCCCCUGUAACAUAA